AGUAAGCCGUGGUUGGCCACCUAUGACGUUUCACAAGUGAGGUUAAAUCAGUUGUUUACCAGUGCACCAAGAUUCAAGACGUGCUUUUUGUUUUAUCCAUAAAUAGUUUCUAAUUUUUCCGAGUAACCUAGUAUAAUUAUUUACUAUGUCUACCGAAGAAACUCAGUCAAACGUGCCGAGUGAAAAAGUUGAUGUUGACAAAGAAAAAUCAACAGGGCCAUCAGAUGGAUUUAUCGACUACGACAAAUUUAAACCCAUCAGUUUUAAAUCAAGUUUACUAAACUUACAAAUUUGUGCAGCUCCUGAAGUUGUUCCUACAGGAACAGAAUUGUGUGUGCGGCAUAUUGACUCAACAACGAAGGAGUUGAGCUACAAUCCAAAAUACAAUGAACUAUACGCUCCCGAUGUUGGUCCUGAAAAUCCAUUUAAAACGCAACAACAAAAAGCUCCAAAAAAUAUGCUUUCAGGGUAUAUUGAAAAAGCACAUGUAAGUGAUUUUCAAUUUGAAAAUCAUAGAAGAACUUUUGUUAGCUAUGGUUAUGCAUUAGAUCCUACUGUAGAUGGGAGUAUAGAAGAAGGUAAAAAAAUAAUAGGUGCUGUUGAAGCUGCUGAACAAUCUGGCAGUAAAACUGUUUUUGAGAGCAUAUCUAAAAGACCAGCUGACAAAAGAAAAAGAGUUAAAAAUGAUAAUCCAGAAGAUAUUACUGGAUUUUUAGGUCCAUGGGGAGGUUUUAUAGAUGAAAAGAGAAAUUCCAAACCUUCAGAAGAAGAAGCUGCAGAAUUAGAAGAGAUAUUAGCCAAAAGAAAUAAGAGGAGCAAACCAAGUGAAGACAAACCUCUGGAAGAGAAAACUGUUUUACAUAUUAAAGAUAGUCAUGACUAUCAAGGUAGAUCAUUUCUGCAUGCUCCUCAGGACGUUGGGGUCAAUUUGAAAUCAGACAUUCCACCAGCAAAAUGUUUCUUACCCAAAGCUCAAAUACAUACUUGGGAAGGUCAUACAAAAGGAAUAUCUCAAAUCAGAUGGUUUCCAAAAACGGCACAUUUACUAUUAUCAUGUAGUAUGGAUGGUAGAGUAAAAUUAUGGGAAGUUUACAAAGAUAGAAGAUGUGUUCGAACUUACUAUGGACAUAGACAAGCAGUUAGAGAUAUAUGUUUUGACAAUGAUGGCAAAAAGUUUUUGUCUGCAUCUUAUGACCGGUAUGUGAAGUUAUGGGAUAGUGAAACUGGUCAAUGCAUCAGCAGAUUCACUAGUAGAAAAGUUCCCUAUUGUGUUAAAUUCAACCCAGAACAUGAUAAACAACAUCUGUUUGUUGCUGGUACUAGUGACAAAAAAAUUAUUUGUUGGGACAUUAGAUCUGGAGAAAUAGCCCAAGAAUAUGAUAGACAUUUAGGAGCGGUGAAUACCAUCUCGUUUGUGGACGAAAACCGGAGGUUUGUGACAACUUCAGACGAUAAAAGUUUGAGAGUAUGGGAAUGGGAUAUUCCUGUGGAUAUGAAGUAUAUUGCAGAUCCUACUAUGCAUUCUAUGCCAGCAGUAACAGUUUCACCAAACAAUAAAUGGCUUGCAUGUCAAAGCAUGGAUAAUAAAGUUGUCAUAUUUUCUGCUAUGGAUAAAUUUAAAAUGAAUCGAAAGAAAACUUUUACUGGACAUAUGGUCGCCGGUUAUGCUUGUGGAUUAGAUUUUUCACCCGAUAUGAGCUAUUUAGUAUCUGGAGAUGCAGAUGGAAAAUGCUACAUAUGGGACUGGAAAACUACAAAACUUUACAAAAAGUGGAAAGCUCACGAUGGAGUGUGUAUUUCUGCUUUAUGGCAUCCUCAUGAACCUUCUAGACUGGCUACAGCUGGUUGGGAUGGAAAAAUCAAAUACUGGGAUUAAAUCAAUUUGUAACUUCAAAUACAAUCAACUUAAUCAAUAAUUUGUUAUUGAAAAAUGUACAUAACAUGAUUAUAGUAUUAAAAUCUAAAGAUAAAUUAUACUUUAUAAGUAUAAGAAAAUGAA